AUGUCGGCCAGGGCCGCGGCCGCCAAGAGCACAGCCAUGGAGGAGACGGCCAUCUGGGAACAGCACACGGUGACGCUUCACAGGGCUCCGGGAUUCGGAUUUGGAAUUGCCAUCUCGGGAGGGAGAGACAACCCCCACUUUCAGAGCGGGGAGACCUCGAUCGUCAUUUCGGACGUGCUGAAGGGAGGGCCCGCCGAAGGGCAGCUGCAGGAAAAUGACCGUGUUGCCAUGGUUAAUGGAGUGUCCAUGGAUAAUGUUGAACAUGCUUUUGCUGUUCAGCAGCUAAGGAAAAGUGGGAAGAAUGCAAAAAUUACCAUUCGCAGGAAGAAGAAAGUCCAGAUUCCUGUGAGUCGUCCCGACCCGGAGCCCGUGUCUGAGAACGAGGCGGACAGUUACGACGAGGACGUGCCUGACCACAGAGGGGGCCGUGGGGGCACGGCCAGCAGGCGGAGUGAGAAGAGCUGGGCGCGGGACAGGAGCGCCAGCCGGGAGAGGAGUCUGUCCCCGCGGUCCGACAGGCGAUCGGUGGCCUCCAGCCAGCCUGCCCGACCCACCAAAGUCACAUUGGUCAAGUCACGGAAAAAUGAAGAAUAUGGUCUCCGACUGGCCAGCCACAUAUUUGUGAAGGAAAUUUCACAAGAUAGCUUGGCAGCGAGAGAUGGCAAUAUUCAAGAAGGCGAUGUUGUCUUAAAGAUCAAUGGGACCGUGACGGAAAACAUGUCCCUGACGGACGCCAAGACGCUGAUCGAGCGGUCCAAGGGCAAGCUGAAGAUGGUGGUGCAGAGGGACGAGCGGGCCACGCUGCUGAACGUGCCCGACCUCUCGGACAGCAUCCACUCGGCCAACGCCUCAGAGCAGGAUGACAUUUCAGAAAUUCAUUCACUGGCAUCGGACCAUUCUGGUCGAUCACAUGACAGGGCUCCCCGCCACAGCCGGUCGCGAUCUCCUGACCAGCGGUCAGAGCCUUCUGACCAUUCCAGACAUUCGCCACCGCAGCCCAGCAGCGGCAGUCACCGGAGCAGGGAGGAGGAGAGAGUGUCCAAACCGGGGACGGUCUCGCCGCCCGUGAAGCAUUCGGAGGAUCGCGCCCCGAAGGCAGUGGAAGAGGUCGCAGGGGAGAGAAAUGAGAAGGCAGCGGCCGCUCUUCCAGAACCAAAGCCUGUGUAUGCUCAGGUGGGCCAGCCGGAUGUGGAUUUACCUGUCAGCCCGUCGGAUGGUGUCCUGCCCAAUUCCACGCAUGAAGAUGGCAUCCUCCGGCCCAGCAUGAAACUGGUGAAAUUCAGAAAAGGAGACAGCGUGGGUUUGCGACUGGCUGGUGGCAAUGAUGUUGGAAUAUUUGUCGCUGGCGUUCUAGAAGAUAGCCCUGCAGCCAAAGAAGGCCUGGAAGAGGGCGAUCAGAUUCUCAGGGUCAACAACGUGGACUUCACCAACAUCAUCCGCGAGGAGGCCGUGCUCUUCCUGCUCGACCUGCCCCGGGGGGAGGAGGUGACCAUCCUGGCGCAGCAGAAGAAGGACGUUUACCGCCGCAUCGUAGAGUCAGAUGUGGGAGAUUCUUUCUAUAUCAGAACCCACUUUGAAUACGAGAAGGAGUCUCCGUAUGGACUCAGUUUCAACAAAGGAGAGGUGUUCCGGGUCGUGGAUACCUUGUACAACGGGAAACUGGGCUCCUGGCUCGCUAUUCGAAUUGGCAAAAAUCACAAGGAGGUGGAACGAGGCAUCAUCCCCAAUAAGAACAGGGCUGAGCAGUUGGCCAGUGUGCAGUACACGCUCCCUAAGACAGCAGGAGGGGACCGGGCCGACUUCUGGAGGUUCCGGGGCCUCCGCAGCUCCAAGAGGAAUCUCCGCAAGAGUCGGGAGGACUUGUCGGCCCAGCCGGUGCAGACCAAGUUCCCAGCCUACGAGCGAGUGGUCCUCCGGGAAGCCGGGUUCCUGCGGCCCGUCACCGUCUUCGGACCAAUCGCCGAUGUGGCCAGAGAGAAGCUGGCGAGAGAGGAACCCGAUGUUUACCAGAUCGCAAAAAGCGAACCUCGGGACGCGGGGACUGACCAGCGCAGCUCCGGCAUCAUCCGCCUGCACACGAUAAAGCAGAUAAUAGACCAGGACAAACAUGCUUUAUUAGAUGUCACACCAAAUGCGGUCGAUCGCCUGAACUACGCCCAGUGGUACCCGAUCGUGGUCUUCCUUAACCCCGACUCUAAGCAAGGCGUGAAAACCAUGAGGAUGCGCUUAUGCCCAGAAUCUCGGAAAAGUGCCCGGAAGCUCUACGAGCGGUCCCAUAAACUGCGAAAAAACAACCACCAUCUUUUUACCACCACAAUUAACUUGAAUUCAAUGAACGACGGCUGGUACGGUGCGCUGAAGGAAGCCAUUCAGCAGCAGCAGAACCAGCUGGUUUGGGUCUCAGAGGGAAAGGCGGAUGGUGCUACCAGUGACGACCUUGACUUGCAUGACGAUCGCCUGUCCUACCUGUCAGCCCCAGGUAGCGAGUACUCAAUGUAUAGCACGGACAGUAGACACACUUCUGACUAUGAAGACACAGACACAGAAGGCGGGGCCUACACUGAUCAAGAACUAGAUGAGACUCUUAAUGACGAGGUGGGGACCCCCCCAGAGUCCGCCAUUACCCGGUCCUCUGAGCCCGUAAGAGAGGACUCCUCCGGGAUGCAUCACGAGAACCAGGCAUUUCCUCCUUACUCACCACAAGCGCAGCCUCAGCCCGUCCAUAGAAUAGACUCCCCCGGAUUUAAAACAGCCUCUCAACAGGUGUACCGGAAGGACCCCUACCCCGAGGACGUGAUCCGGCAGAAUCACGUGGUGAAGCAGCCAGCUGGGGGGCACCCCGCGCUGAGGCCCGACAGGGACCCCAAACCCAGCUACGAGCCCCAUGCCCCGUAUGUGGAGAAGCAAGCCGGCAGGGACCUGGAGCAGCCCGCGUACAGAUACGACCCCGCGGGCUACGCAGACCAGUUCUCGCGGCCCGGGGACCACCGCCUGCGCUACGAGGAGCGCAUCCCCGCCUACGAGGAGCACUGGUCCUACUACGAGGACAAGCAGCCCUACCAGCCGCGGCCCGCUGACACGCAGCACCCCCGGGACCUGGACCCCAGGCAGCACCCCGAAGAGCCCUCGGAGCGGGGCUACUUCCCGAGGUUCGAGGAGCCAGCCCCUCUGCCCUACGACGGCAGGCCCCGCUACGACCAGCCGCCCCGGACCUCCGCCCUGCGGCACGAGGAGCCCCCGGCUCCCGGGUGUGAGGUGCACGGCAGGUACAGGCCCGAGGCGCCGCCCCCCGCGGGCCCCCAGGCCCCGGAGCCCAAGCAGUGUUACGAGCAGUACCCACGGGGCUACGAGCAAGUCCCCGCACAAGGCUUUACCUCAAAGGCAGGCCGCUACGAGCCGCUCCACGGUGCUGCGCUGGUGCCUCCGCUCGCGCCUGCCUCUCAGCACAAGCCGGACGUGCCGCCGCCCAGCACCAAGCCCCUGCCGCCGCCCCCGGCCCCCGCCGAGGAGGAGGACCCGGCCAUGAAGCCCCAGUCCGUGCUCACCAGGGUGAAGAUGUUUGAGAACAAGAGGUCUGCGUCCUUGGACAACAAGAAGGAUGAGAACCACACCGGCUUUAAGCCUCCAGAGGCAGCGUCCAAACCACCAGGGCCUCCCGUCGUCGGACCUAAAGCCACUCUUCAGAGUCAGUUCAGCGAACACGACAAGACCCUGUACAGGAUCCCAGAACCGCAGAAGCCUCAGCCGAAGCCCCCGGAAGACAUUGUCCGGUCCAACCACUACGACGCCGAGGAGGAUGAAGAGUACUACCGGAAACAGCUCUCCUGCUUCGACCGGAGGCGUUCUGACAAGCCUGCUGCACACAUCCCCACGGGCCACCUCCCGGAGCCGGCCAAGCCCGCUCACCCCCAGCACCCGCCAGGCCUUUCUGGUUAUUCCGCCAAGAGCAAGUCCGUUGACGCUGAUGCCUUCGGCGACAGACGCUAUGACCCCGUCCAGCCCACGCCACCCCCACCCCCGCUGCCCGCCCAGUACUCGCAGCCUCCGCAGCCCAGCUCCAGCUCCAUGCUCCACGCCCACGCUAAAGGAACCCACGGGGAAGGUAACUCGGUGUCAUUGGAUUUUCAGAAUUCUUUAGUGUCCAAACCAGAACCUCCUCCAUCUCAGAACAAGCCAGUCGCUUUCAGAACGAUGAGCCGCGAGGACCCUGCUCAGCCUGCCUUCUACCCCCAGAAAAGCUUCCCGGAUAAGGCGCCCGUGAACGGCACCGAACAGCCUCAGAAAACGGUCGCCCCGACCUACAACCGCUUCACCCCCAAGCCCUACACCAGCUCCGCGCGGCCAUUUGAGCGCAAGUUUGAAAGCCCGAAGUUCAGCCACAACCUUCUGCCGAGUGAAACUGCUCACAAGCCUGACUUGUCUUUGAAAGUCCCGACCUCUCCCAAGACCCUGGUGAAGGCCCAGCCUCCCGAGUUUGACAGCGGAGUGGAGACCUUCUCCAUCCACGCCGAGAAGCCCCGGUACCACGUGAACAGCGUCAGCACCGGACCCAGAGCCGCUCCCGGGAGCCCGUCGGCAGUGGAGGAGGACAAUGACGAGGAUGGCCACACCGUGGUGGCCACGGCCCGGGGCGUGUUCAGCAGCAACGGCGGGGUGCUGAGCUCCAUCGAGACGGGCGUCAGCAUCAUCAUCCCCCAGGGAGCCAUCCCAGAGGGCGUGGAGCAGGAAAUCUACUUCAAGGUCUGCCGUGAUAACAGCAUCCUCCCGCCCCUCGACAAGGAGAAAGGUGAGACCCUGCUGAGCCCGCUGGUGAUGUGUGGGCCCCAUGGCCUCAAGUUCCUGAAGCCCGUGGAGCUGCGCCUGCCACACUGUGCGUCCAUGACUCCUGACGGUUGGUCUUUUGCUCUAAAAUCAUCCGACUCCUCGUCGGGUGACCCUAAGACCUGGCAAAACAAGUGUCUUCCUGGAGAUCCCAACUACCUGGUGGGAGCCAACUGCGUGUCUGUCCUGAUCGACCACUUCUGA